AUGACUUCUUCUUCUUCUUCUACUGACGCUCAUGUGAAGCUUAGGAGCUCAUUUUCGCAGUCUUCGUCUUCUCUCCACGCCCUCCUCCUCUCCUCUCUCAACCUGCUCCUCCUCGUUCUCGCCUCCGCCUCCUUCGCCCCUCUUUUUCUCCUCCGCACCUCCCCCACCUCCUUUGGUUGGACCCUCUUUGCCGUCUCCUUCUCCACUGCUCUCUCCGCCCUCCUCAGCCUCCUCUCCUCCCACCUCACCCGCCCCUGCUUCGCCGCCCACCUCCUUCUCGUCCUCGCUGCAUCCGUCGGCCAGGCUCUAGGCUUCCUCACGCUCCUCCUUCGGCCCGGGCCCAGCCUGCGCUUGCUAGGUUCAGCCCGUGGCGCGCGGGAUCAGCGGGCGCUGGCCCGGGUGGAGGCGGCACUGUUGUUGGGGAUGUUCCUGAUGCAGUCGCUAGCGCUGGUCACGGCCUGCACACUGCGACAGCGUUGGGUGCGGCAGUUCGAGGAGAUGGAGGCCGAUAGGGAGGCGGCGGCAGGGAGGAGGAGCCGGCGGAUGGCGCGGGUGCAGGAGGAAGCCAUCGCCAACGCGGCGGCCGCGGCCAGGGAGCUCGAAGAGAAGUUGAGGAACAAGAAGGGGCAGUGGGUGAAGAAUGAUCUGGAAGGCAGGAAGAUCUCUCCCGUUGAUUUCUAA